AUGGCCAGCCUCCAAGCCAUCAAGUACACGCGCGGCCGGCUGGACGUGCUGGACCAGCUGAGGCUGCCCCACGAGCACCACUACGACGAGGUGUCCAGCUGCGAGGAGGCCUUCGACUGCAUCAAGGCCAUGAGGGUGCGGGGCGCCCCGGCCAUCGCCAUCGUGGCCGCCCUGGCCCUGGCGGUCGAGCUUGACCGCGGCGCAUGCACCGCCAUGUCCGCGGACGACACGAUCAAGUACAUCGACGCCCGGCUGGACUACCUCAAGGAGUCCCGCCCCACGGCCGUCGACCUCACAAACGCCAUCAACCACCUCAAGGCGGCCACCCGCGCCGCAGCCCCCUCGGAGCCCGCCGCCGUCGUCGCCGCCUUCGUCGAGACGGCAGAGGCCAUCCUCGCCCGCGACCUAGACACCAACCUCGCCAUCGGCGAGCACGGCGCCGCCUGGCUGGCGGGCGCGUGCGGCGCGGACGACACGCCAGAGAACCAGGUCUCGGUCCUGACGCACUGCAACACGGGGUCCCUGGCGACGUCGGGCCACGGCACCGCGCUGGGGAUCAUCCGCACGCUGCGGGCCAAGGGCCUGCUGCGGCACGCCUUCUGCACCGAGACGCGGCCCUACAACCAGGGCAGCAGGCUGACGUCGUUCGAGCUCGUGUACGAGGGGAUCCCGGCCACGCUGGUGGCGGACUCGAUGGCGGCGGCGCUGUUCCGGCUGCGCGGGGCCAAGGGCAGGGAGGGGGGCAUGAACAUCGGCGCCGUCAUCGUCGGCGCGGACCGCGUCGUGCGCAACGGCGACACGGCCAACAAGAUCGGGACGUACCAGCUCGCCGUGCUGGCGCGGCACCACGGGGUCAAGUUCGUCGUCGCGGCGCCCACGACGUCGGUCGACCUAGAGACGCUCACGGGCGACGGGAUCAGGAUCGAAGAGCGGAGGGCCGAGGAGCUCACGCAGAUCAGCGGCGCUGUUGUCGGUGCUGACGGCGCCGUGGAUGUUUCCCAGACGGCCAGGGUGGCUAUUGCGGACCAGCGGAUCGGGGUGUGGAACCCUGCGUUUGAUGUCACGCCCGCGGAGCUGAUCGACGCGAUUGUGACGGAGAAGGGGGCGGUGGUGAAGAACGCCGAGGGUAAAUUUGACUUCAGGGAGGUCAUGCCGGAGAGGUGGGCGCAGGUUGUGGGCGGACAAUGA